UUCCCCUCUCUCUCUCUGUCUACACUUUGUGGACUCAUUUCUAUUGUAUCCUUCACUUUUUCCUGGCAAAGGAAAAAAAUAAAAUCUUUGCUUUCUGAGUAGAGAAAAGAAAAGAAAAUAAAAAAACCCAAUAAACAAGUUUCCAUUAUGCUUGGGAUUGGAUUAGAGGUCAUCAUACCCAAAUCUUUGUUCUUUGGAUUGCUUUGACAGUGAUUGAAUUUUCUGGAGUUAUUAUUGCAUCAAAUGUGUAGCAUGUGUCAUCACUGUGGUGCUGAAGUUACAAAGUCCAAUGAGGACAAGAGGAAACAGGAGAAUAGUAAUGCUUUAAUUUCAAGUAAUGGAGACACCAUUUGGUCUUGUAAAUUAUGUUGGGAGAGGCAAGGAAGAGAAUUUGUAAAGCGGGAUGGUGUUAGUCCUUCUGCAACACCAAUGAUCAGUCCAACUACUUCAUUGUCUAGCAGUGAUCGCUCAUAUUCUAGCUGCAGUGAUUUUUCAGUUGAUAUAAACUCAUAUGAUCGGGGUGACCAAGAGGAAGGUUCAAGAAAUAGUCAUGGGGAGCUCAAUUGUCUGCCAAAUGGCCGAUUGCAGCACCUGAACUCAGGAGGUCCCAGGAACAGAGUUGAUAGCUUGAACAUGAUGGCAGAAAGCAACUUGAGGGAUAAGAAAAAUAGCAAUGAUUUGGAUAUAGUUAGAGAUGUGGAGAUAACAGAAGCUAGUAAUGAGCUAGAAGCAAAAGAAAAUGUUGUUGAAAGUUCUUCUCGAUCCUUUGACAAAGAAAGUGGAGUUUCUCAGUCUAUUAAUGGUGAAAUGGAUACCCAAAUUUGGGAACCUCCAGAACCUGAAGAUCCAGAGGAUGACUUGGAGGGUACUGUGGCUUAUGAUGACGAUGACGAUGAUGAGUGUGCAGAUGGCACAAAAUGGGGAAAGCCAAGUUCCUUGUGCCAUAUUGAAGAUGAGGGUAAUGGAAGCUUCAGGUUUAAAGAAGAAAAACAAAGGGCCAUGGAAGAGGUGAUAAAUGGGAAGUUAAAACCUAUUGUCAGUCAACUUCUUAAAUCUGUGGGUGUUGCCAGUUCUGUGAAUGAUGGUGAUAGUUGGGUGGAUAUAGUUACUUCUUUAUCUUGGGAAGCAGCUCUGUUUCUGAAGCCUGAUGCUAUUGAUGGAAAGGCAAUGGGUCCAGACGGAUAUGUGAAAGUAAAAUGCAUUGCAACUGGUUCUCGCGGUCAAAGCCAAUUAAUCAAGGGCUUGGUCUUUAAAAAGCAUGCUGCUCAUAAGCACAUGCAAACUAAAUACAAGAAUCCAAAACUGUUAUUAAUUCAGGGAGUUCUUGGUCAGUCCUCAAGUGGGUUGUCUUCAUUCAGUUCACUAGACGAGGAAAAAGGUCAUCUGAAAUCUUUAAUUGAGAUGAUAGAUAUGUGUCAUCCAAAUGUGAUUUUGGUGGAGAAAACUGUUUCACGUGAUGUCCAAGAGUGUAUCCUUGCCAAAGGAAUCACACUGGUGUUUGACAUGAAGCUACAUCGUCUUGAGAGAGUUGCUCGUUGUACUGGCUCACCAAUCAUACCAUCUGAUACUUUGAUGAAUCAAAAGCUAAAGCAGUCUGACUCCUUUAAGCAGUGUGACUCCUUUCAUAUAGAAAAGUUUGUAGAGGAACAUGCUUGUUUUGGUGAAGGGGGAAAACGGCCAACUAAAACGUUAAUGUUCCUUGAGGGCUGUCCUAAACAUCUUGGUUGCACUAUUUUGCUGAAAGGAAGUCAUUCUGAAGAACUAAAAAAGAUCAAGUGUGUGGUGCAGUAUGCUGUUGUCAUGGCAUAUCAUUUAAUCCUUGAAACUUCUUUCCUUAUUGAUCAAAAGGCAAUGUUCUCUACAAUUCCUUUCACUGGAAUAGCUGAUGUGUUGCCAAUAGAUCGGGAUUCCUGUCCCACAGAAACUGGUAAUUUGAGGGUUCCUUGCCUUCAUGAGUCUACAACUGAAACUGGAUCACAUGCAAAUGACAUUCCCUAUUUGAAUGGGUUCUGUGAAGAAUCUAACCACACAAAUGGGGAAAUGGAUGGUGAUCAAAUUGCGAAGUCAGGAUUAGACUACAGUUCAGCGUUAUCUUUGGAGCCAUAUAAUCCAGCCAUUUUGUCUGGGUUGUCAUCUAUUUCUGCCUCUCUGAAGAAAGUUAUAGGAAACAGUUUCCCUCUUGCAUCCACUGCUCCUUAUCGGUCAUUGUCUGCAUAUUUUGGGUUAAAUGGGAGAGAAUCCAAGCUCACAGAAGCAGUGCCCGCAAUGAAUAGUUUUGAGGCCUCAGAGCAAUUUGAUGCGGAAUCUAAAAGUAGUCCUGAUGGAGAGAAAUCUGUUGAUGAUGGAGAAUCCCAAUCUUUUCUGGCUUCCUCUGAAGCCCUACUUAAUUUGAAAGUUAAUGGUGAUGAUAAUGAAGAAAAAAUGCAAAAUAAGGAGGACAUCAACACAAUGUUGGAUUCACAAAGUAUUUUGGUUCUUAUGUCUAGCCGGAAUGCCUUAAGGGGGACUAUUUGUGAGCAAAGCCAUUUUAGCCAUAUCAUGUUCUAUAGGAAUUUUGAUGUUCCCCUUGGAAAGUUCCUUCAAGAUAAUUUACUUAAUCAGAGAAGCCAGUGUGCCGUAUGUGGUGAACUUCCAGAAGCUCACUUUUACUAUUAUGCGCAUCAUAAUAAGCAGCUAACAAUACAAGUUAAACAGCUUUCUAAGCAUUUACCUGGGGAAGCAGAGGGAAAACUCUGGAUGUGGUGUCGCUGUGGCAAGUGCAAAACUGGGAAUGGAAUUUCAAAAUCUACAAAAAGAGUGCUAAUUUCAACCACUGCACGUGGUCUCUCAUUUGGAAAGUUCUUGGAGCUCAGCUUUUCUGACCGCUCUUCAUCCAGUGGAUUAUCCAGCUGCAGCCAUUCUAUGCAGAGGGAUUUCCUGUAUUUCUUUGGGUUAGGCUCUAUGGUUGCAAUGUUUAGUUACUCUUCUGUUACCACUUAUACUGUGUCUAUGCCUCCCCAACAGCUUGAGUUUAGCAAGUCAAUUAGACCAGAUUGGCUGAAGGAAGAAUAUGAAAAUGUGUACACGAAAGGGAUGCUAAUGUUCAGAGAGGUUGCAAGCUUUUUGGUGCAGAUAAGGUCUCAGUUUGUGGGCUCAACUCUAAACCUUAAAGGCUCGUUAAAAGAGUUCUCUGACAUUGAAGAGAUGUUGAAAUUGGAAGCUUCUGAAUUUGAGGUAAACAUUCAGAAUGUUGUUGUAAAGAUUGGAGAUUCAAACUUGGGUUCUCAUAAACUCCUCAGCUUGAACCGACUAAGGUGGGACCUUCUUCUGGAAUCAUGCAUUUGGGAUCGACGCCUGUAUUCUCUCCUCUUGCCUGAUCCUACAGUAGUAGUCACUGGUGCCAGUAACAAAGCAGUGCCAGACCAACUGAAGUCGGAUAUGGGUAGCGCUGAUGAAGAGGACAGUGGGACUGAAACUAACUCUGGAAAUGGUGAUCAAGGUUCUGAUAAUACUGGUAAUUUGAAAGUUGAGCCAGGUUCAUUUGUUGAAGGAAAUGAAUUUUCAGGUGAUGAAUUCUCUUUAGAUAUUCCUGUUCAAAAAUCUGUAGGAUGUGACAGCAUGCAUGGCAAUUCCACUGUGCUUGAGAAUAUUGAAAAGCCAACAGUGGAUGGUGUAUGCCCUGUGAAAUCAUCCAACCACGAGUCCAUUGCAACAUCUAAUAUAUCUGUUCAUCCUCAUUUUGGUGAUGAGAAUUAUCAAGCAGAGGAUGCACCUAUGUCAGAUCAUUUACAAAUGGAUAGAACAAUCUCAAUUUCUUCAAAUCUUGCAGACAAUGAUUUUAUUGUUGAUUCAAAUGGAUCUGGGAGGGGUGGAUCCCCACGUUCAUUUCUUUCCAGCUUAGAAAACCUAAAUGGUUGGUUUUGGAUGCCUUUUUCUGAAAUCAGACAGAUAUAUAUGAGGGAUCUUCUGAGAGGAAAUGUCCCCAAGUUCGAAUGUGUCAGUGGUCAUACUCCAGUGCAAGUACCCACAGGCUAUCAAUUAAUCAGGGAGGAAGGGUCAAGGCUACACAUCCCCUUAGGAACUAAUGAUUUUAUUGUGUCAGACUAUGAGGGUGAACUCUCAAGUAUAAUUGCUUGUGCAUUAACAAUGCUGAAAGAUCUGCCUGCUCUAAUAGAAGCGUCCAAUGAGGAUGGCAGGAGAGAUAAAAUGAUUGAAAGUUUACGUAGUCUCAUUCGAGUUCCUACCAUAACAUCCUCGCAUUGGUCUUCUAGUGGUUCAUCUGAUUCUGAUUCUGUCUCUAGUCUGAGCAUUUCUUCAGAAGAGUCACGCUUGUCUAGUUUUGAUGGGUUGAACUUGUUGGAUUCUCUACUUCCUCUUGAUGCUCUUAACAUAGAGGUUUCUCUAGGGGUUUCGAAAUCACUUGGGAAGGGUAAAUACUCAGUAAUAUGUUUAUAUGCUAAUCGGUUCCGGGAUCUUCGGGACAGGUGCUGCCCUUCAGAGCUUGAUUAUAUUGCUUCGCUUAGCCGUUGUAGAAACUGGGAUGCCAAAGGAGGGAAGAGCAAGUCCUUUUUUGCUAAAACACUUGAUGACAGGUUUAUUAUAAAGGAAAUUAAGAAGACGGAGUAUGAUUCAUUUGAGAAGUUUGCUUUACAUUAUUUCAAGUACAUGAAUCAAUCAUUUGACUCUGGAAGCCAAACUUGCCUUGCUAAAGUUCUUGGAAUUUAUCAGGUGAUAGUAAGACAGACAAAGACGGGGAAAGAGUCAAGGCAUGAACUUAUGGUGAUGGAGAAUCUUACCUUUGGUAGAAAUAUUACUCGCCAGUAUGAUCUUAAAGGGGCCUUGCAUGCUCGAUUUAAUUCAGCUGCUGAUGGUUCUGGAGAUGUUCUUUUGGAUCAGAACUUUGUCAAUGACAUGAAUUCCUCUCCAUUAUAUGUUAGUAAUAAAGCCAAAUGUCUCUUGCAACGGGCUGUAUGGAAUGACACAACUUUCCUAAAUUCAAUCAAUGUAAUGGAUUAUUCUUUACUUGUUGGGGUGGAUACUCAGCGGCGGGAGCUUGUAUGUGGGAUUAUUGAUUAUCUCAGGCAGUACACGUGGGACAAACAACUUGAGACGUGGGUUAAGUCUUCAUUGGUUGUUCCUAAGAAUGUGUUGCCGACUGUUAUUUCUCCUAAGGAGUAUAAGAAAAGAUUCAGAAAGUUCAUGUCGACAUACUUUUUGAGUGUUCCAGAUCAUUGGUGCUCACAGGAAUCCUCUGACCCCUGUGAACUUUGUGGCACCGGGGAUGAUGAUUUAUCUCAAUCCAAGUCCCUAAAGCAAGCAUACCUAAAUGGGAUUUCUACCUAGCUCAUGUAUACCUGGUUUCUCAUUUUUUGUUCUUGAAUUAGCCCUAUUUUUACAGCCAGUUGAAAAAUGGUGUGUACAUAUCUAACCCCAUUAUUGUGCAAUUUUUAGCAAAUUUCUGGGGAUAGUUUUACUCCUAUAGGUCCGCCAUAUCCAUCUUAAUGUUCAUAAUUUUGUACAGUCAAGUGAGGAAUUGUAGAGAGCUGCGGUUAUUGAAAGACUGAUAAUUUGAAAUCAAUGGAAAGUUUCAGCUAUUGUUAAUAGCAUUUUGUCUUC